AUGGUUAUGAAAACGACGUCGAAGAGUUAUUCUGUGGCAGCAGUUGCCUUGAUCGUCGGUCUGGUUUUGUAUCUUGUUCUCAUCUCCUCCGUUCCCGAUGACUCCGAACUUCAGUCGAUUCGUUCGCUACGUUUCUCUCAAGGCAUGUUACAACCAACAUGGGAGUCCAGAAGAAUCGCAAAGGCCCCUCAAGAGAUGACUUCAGCGACGAUCACAUGCGACCUAUCUCACGUUAACUACGAUGUCUGUUCAAUCAACGGCUCCUGUCAUCUAGACCCGAAAACCGGAACCUUCACACUCAUGGACCCCACAUUAACCACAUUUGUCGAGAAGAUCAGGCCAUACCCAAGAAAAGCAGAGGACUGGGUCAUGUCUACGAUCAAAGAGCUAACACUAACCUCAGGUCCAUUGACCCUGGUUCGAUCAUGUGACAUAACACAUGACUCGCCGGCGAUUGUGUUCAGCGCCGGAGGUUACACCGGAAGCAUCUACCACGACUUCAUCGACGGUUUCAUUCCGCUUUUCAUGACCGCCAAUUCGUAUUUUCCCGAUCGUGAUGUUAUCCUCGUGGUGGUGAAUCCUAAGGAGUGGUGGAUGCCAAAAUACAUCGAUCUUUUAGGUGCGUUUAGCAAACACAAAACCAUAUUGUUAUUAGACAAAGAAAAUGCUUCUUCUAUCACACAUUGCUUCCCUUCAGCUGUUGUGGGCCUUAUUUCACAUGAGCCCAUGACAAAAGACCCAACCCAAGUAUCCAAUUCCAAAUCAUUAGUGGACUUCCACAACUUGUUAGACACAGCCUUCUUCUUCAACACAAGCCUCUCCACUAAUAAGCCUCGUCUCAUAUUAGUCAGUCGAUAUGGCAACAUUGGUCGUGUGAUAUUAAACGAGAAGGAGACCAGAGAGAUGCUUGAAGAUGUUGGGUUCGAGGUAAUCACAUUUAGACCAACGAAACAGACGAGUAUGAGAGAAGCGUAUAAACUUAUGAAGUCGAGCCACGAGCCACGGGAUGGUUGGGGUUGGGCCGCUAAAACGUGCUAUGAAUCGCCGGCUAAGGCGAUGAAGUUGGAGUAUAUUGAGUAUCGGGUGAAUGUUGAAGAGAGUAGUUUGGUAGAUAAGUAUAGUAGAGAUGAUUUGGUUUUGAAAGAUCCUAUAGCUUUUAGAGGAAUGGAUUGGAAUGUGACUAGAAUGAAGGUUUAUUUGAAAGAGCAAGAUGUUAGACUCGAUGUGAAUAGGUUUAGGAAAUAUAUGAACAAAGCAUACAUGAAAGCUAAAUCUUUUAUGGAGAUGAACGGUUGA